AUGCUGAUACUCCAUGAGUCAGAGCUAGGGAACGGUGAAUUUAAAUUAUUAAAAACUAUGCCAAACUUGUUGUCCCUCUAUCUUGGUAGCAAUUCUUAUACAGACCAAAGCAUAAAUUUUGAAGAUGGCUCGUUUAAGAAUUUGAAGGAACUAACUCUUUUUAGAUUGAGGCCGUUGGAUAACAUCCUUAUUGACGAAGGUGCGUUGCCUUCUCUGAAAAAGCUUUGUGUAACGUAUAUCAUCAAUCUCAAGACGGUACCAAAUAGCAUUCUACACUUAAAGAACCUUCAAGUUCUACACAUGGAGCGUAUGAGUGACGAAUUUAUGAAGAGCAUUGCUCCUCGAGAAGGAAAAGAGCAUUGGAUCUUCAAGCACGCCACCCUUACAAAAAUUUCUGUUUGA